GGCCGGGCUGGGGCGGAGCGUGAGCGGAGCGCGGUGCCGGGCGGGGGUGAGGGCGGAGUGGGGAGCGCGUCAUGUCCAAGCACGUGUUUCUCACGGGACCCCCAGGGGUUGGAAAGACUACUUUGAUCCAGAAAGUCACUCAGGCUCUAAAAUCCUCCAGCAUUCCCAUUGAUGGAUUUUACACAGAGGAAGUUAGAGAAGGUGGAAGGAGAACAGGAUUUGAUGUUGUCACUCUGUCUGGAAACCGAGGACCUUUAUCUAGAGUCAGUCCCAGUUCUGAUUCUUCUGCUUCAAGACGUGAAUACCGGGUUGGACAAUAUGUUGUAGACCUUGUUUCAUUUGAGCAGUUGGUUCUACCUACGCUGAGAAAUGUAAACCAUGGUGGUGACGCAGAGAAAAGAAUUUGUGUCAUAGAUGAGAUUGGUAAAAUGGAGCUCUUCAGCCAGGCUUUUAUUCAAGCUGUUCGUCAAACGCUGGCUGGCUCAGGAACCGUGGUGCUUGGAACUAUUCCAAUACCUAAGGGAAAGCCACUGGAUCUUGUUGAAGAAAUAAGAAAUAGAAAAGAUGUUAAAGUGUUCAAUGUUAGUAAGGAAAACAGAAACAGCAUUUUGCAAGACCUCUUGGCAGCUGUGGAAUCCUGCAGAAAAUGAAGACCUCUUCUGUCCUGAAAACACUAAAGCUUUCAUUUCAACAAAACAUUACAACAUUUCAUGGAUGUUUUAGAGUCUGUCCUUCCUGCUUUUGCCCCCUCGAGGCUUUACUGGGGCCUUCAGGGUAAGCAGGGUAAAACUGGUAAUACUCUAAAUGGGAUGGCAGGAUUGUAAUUUAUUCAGUUCACUGAAUUGGAAAAAAAUUGAACAGAUGUGUAGCUAACAUCCAGUUUUAAUCUGGGUGUUUGGAAGUUAGGUGGUCAACUCUGAUCCGAGUUACCUCAUGUGAAAACAGCUAACUGUAAAAUCUGCUUGAGAUCUUAGUCUUUCUGAGCAUGUUCAGAUCAAUUCAAUAUCUGCCUACAAAUCAAUUCAAUAUCUGCAACAUAGCCCUGGUGCAACAGAACAGAACCCUGUCCAAAAUGUAGAUGAGUCCUGCCUGGUUUAUGCAGGAGUGUAGCUGUUGGUGACCCAGCUUCGGUGUAUUCAGGUGUGUUUUAGCACGGGUGCUGACAAAUCAGCAGGUAGAGGGAAUAAGCAGAUGUGCUCUCUCCUCCUACCCCCAGGCAGCCCUGUCUGUGGUUGCAGUAUAAGCAGGGUUAUCCAGAGUUUCAAGGAAACUUCCUGUAGUCACAAAUGACAUUUACAAAUUCUAUUUUGUGAGGAAAAAUAGCCAAAUCUACCCUCUCUUACUAAUUGAUAAGAGGACUGCAUUUUGAAUUAAUUUUCAGUUUUCUGGUGGCCAUCUUGUCCCACACCCCUUUACAAAUAAUAUAUAUAAAAAUCUUCAAGUCCACGAAGUUAAUCAAAUCUUGUGUUUUUCAUGCGGAGUUUAAGUCAUGAUUGACUUAAUACUGCAUUUGUCUGUAUUAAUUUUACAAUCUGUUAUGUUUAUUGAUACUUAUGUUUGUUUGGGUUUUUCUGCCUUAUUCAAUUCUGUACAUGCUUAAUGGUGAAAUAAGGAGUGUUUGAGAGUGUUAGACAAUGUGUUCCCGUGUGAGGAGUGCAAAUGUAUUCAGCCAAAGUGCUGCCAGUUAAUCAGUUUUGCAUGUUUGAAAACAGAAUUCCCUCCCAGGUGCACACUGUUCGUUGUAAAAUUUAUGGUCAUCUCUAGUUGAGGAAAGUUGUUAAAAAUUCAGUUGUUUCUUAACUUUUUCUGUUCAGUUCAAUGACUGUUAAUUUGAGCAAACUAUUUAAAGGCAUCUUCAAGUAUCAUUUUAUUGAUUUAUUUCUGUAAAACUGACACCCAGAGUUGUAUGGGGCUGGAUGGGGACAGGUAUUUUUAUACACGCCCUGCGAACACCUCCUAGGAGCAUAGAGGGAAUGUCCUUUUUCUUUUCUGUAUGCAGAACAAGGGUCUGGUACAAGCAUUGCACCUCCACAGGUGGUAGGAAGUGCAUAAAUGAUGCCAUGGGCUCACUCCCUCACUGCCUUGUUAGGACUACCUGUCUGCCCAAAUCCAUUUAGAUGUAGUACUGUCUUCAUCAUAUUCGGGGAAAAAUAAAACUCCUCUUAGGGUCUCCACUUGGCAAUGUACAGGUUGUGUCUGCUAUUUGCAAAAUCAGGUUGUGCUGUAAAGACACACUAAUCCCUUAAUUACUUCAGGCAUUGUACUCAGACAAAAUACCUUUUCAGGUGUGGAGGACUUGGUACCGAAGUAAACUUUGUCAGGGCUGUGUGCCAUAGGUUUUUGAACAGAAACCUGUCUUCACUUAAGUGUUGGAUGCCCUCCUGCUUCAAUGUUAAGUCUCUUAAGCUGUAAAGUAUGCUGCAAAAGAAUAGUUCUUUCAAUGAUUAAAGAGUUACCCAAAAUUUA